CACGGGGCUCCACGGGCACGGCUGGCACUCCCCUCACUCUUAAUGGGAAAGUAACAGCACGAGACCGUGGGAAGGACCGCGCUUCUACACAUCCGUACACUCUGUAACUGAGAGUUGCACUAGACAUGAAGGCAAAAAACAGAGAGCAAAGCUUGUCGGACUCGAGGGAGCUGGACGGCUCCUACGACCCUCUCACCGACAGCACUGAAGAUGACUUUGAGCUGUCCACUGUGUGCCACCGGCCUGAGGGCCUGGACAAGCUGCAGGAGCAGACCAAAUUCACCAAGAAGGAGCUGCAGGUGCUCUAUCGAGGCUUCAAGAAUGAGUGCCCCAGCGGAGUAGUCAACGAGGAGACCUUCAAGCUCAUCUACUCCCAGUUUUUCCCCCAGGGAGAUUCAAGCAUGUAUGCACAUUUUCUGUUUGAAGCCUUUGAUACUAACAAGAAUGGAUCUGUUAGUUUUGAGGACUUUGUCAUGGGCUUAUCCAUCAUCCUCAGGGGUUCCAUCAAUGAUCGCCUCAACUGGGCCUUCAACUUGUAUGAUUUAAACAAAGACGGCUGCAUUACCAAAGAGGAAAUGUUGGAUAUUAUGAAAUCUAUCUAUGAUAUGAUGGGGAAAUACACCUACCCCACCAUGCAGGAGGAUGCUCCUCGAGAACAUGUGGAAAACUUCUUCCAGAAAAUGGACCGUAACAAUGAUGGCGUGGUAACUAUUGAGGAGUUCAUUGAGUCAUGCCAAAAGGAUGAAAAUAUCAUGCAAUCAAUGCAGCUCUUUGACAAUGUAAUUUAGGGUGUGGUUCUGCGAAGAAAGCAACAGGGCAUGUCAGAUGAUUCCUGCUUGUACGGGCCACUCUGACCAACAGCAUACUACCACUCCGACCUCACCUGCUUCCAUGGGCCAAGGGACUCCUUUCAUUUGGUUUAUUCCUGUAAAAGAGAGACAUGGAGGCAAAGGAUGGGGCCGGUAUUGAAGGAUACAAACUGACAUUUUUUUUUUUUUCCUGGUUCUGCAUCACGUCAGUUGGACAUGUAACCCUUAUGGACAUAGGUGGAAUCAGAUUCUAGCACUGAGCAAAAACCUCUGCUCUUCAGCAAGCGAAAACAUGACUGCCAUUCAAGUAUAAUGCAUCUAUGAGAAAGUAGUCCAAGUGAUGAAAACCCAAUUUUCAAUUGCAUGAUGUCACAACAUACCUAUGCUGUUUAAGUAUUGAUCACAGUACUCCAAAGCCUGCUGUCAUUCUCUGUACCUGAGUGUGUGUGCAGUUCUAAUGUGUUCAUCCUUCCAGGCCUGCAUUGGCACUGGGCAAGAGUUAAGAUCCCCUUAACCAGCGGCAAUGCUUUGGCCUUUAACACCCACUUUCUCUACAGUCCUUUUAUCUGUUCACCCUUAUGUAGGCAAGGCAUUUUAUUUUACCGUUGGAUGAUUGCCAGUUCAGUGAGGCAGGUCAAGACAAUCUCGAUCCAUCCCAAAUCCAAACCAAGCCAAGGAAAAAGCUGAAGUUAUAGUUGAAGGUUAUCUCCGUGAUAGGCAUAAUAUAGACCCUUACCUUGUAAGUCUGUAUUGCAUAAAAAGAAUGAUUCAAGCAGUGAUCCCUGAAGAUAUGCUGAUGACACAGAUGAAUCCUGACAAUAUAAAGGAUUGUGCUUCCUUAUAUUAUGGAAGGACAGGAGCCAAGAUACUACGAUACAGCAAAGACUAACAAUUCACAAGGUUCCUGUUUCCCACCACUGAGAAUUUUUUGUGAGUUUAGUUAGUCAGUUGGAACCAUCUCCGUAUCCAACAAAGAAGGAUGGUGAUUAAAGUCACUUACUUACAGAAAGAAACUUAUAAGGAUCAUUAUUUUCACUGUGUCCUCAGCUACACCGGAUCAAAAAUGUGCCCAUGGCCAGUUCAAGGUCUGGGAAACAUUAGCUCUUAAGAUUUGCCAAAGUAACAUUUCUGUGUAUUCCUCUUGUUCAGAUUGAACAUUGUGUUUGGCUGCUGCAAAGUAUUUGUCCUUGUUCAUUUCAAGCAUGUGAUUUGGGUCCACUGUCAAGCCUGAGUCAAGUGAGCAUGAAGUUUGCUGUUGUGUGUGGUGAGCUGCUGAAGGACUUCCCUCUGUGGACUCACCAACAUUAACCACCCUCCCAGCUGAGAGCCUAAGGAAUCUGGGAGACUUUACUAUCCAAAGCAGGUCAUGUCACCAUCCUUCCUUCUACAUUAUGGCUACAAAUAUGUUUGAAUGGUUAGAGAGCAAGAUUACACAAGCAGUGUUAUCAUGAAACUGCUUUUUAAAUUUUGAGUACCCAGUAAUCAGGGAAAUUAGGCAUAAUCAGCAGUUUCCUCAAAACCCAUGUUUGCAAUAUAAGGUGGGUAAAAGCUUGACCCUAUCUGACAUAGCAUUUUCUUGUAUUUGUGUGGGAAAAAGGGGCAUAAAUUGUUUCCAAGCUAUCUUCCAUUACUGACCACAAGUGAUCCUUGUCUAUAUUCGCAUGACAUAAAUAACAGAAAAUAUUAAACCAUUGUAUUUACUGUGUCUAACAGCCUGACCGGCUGCUCUGCAUUUACAAUGUAUAUUUUGUACAGAUUCAAUAAAACUCACAGUUGCUAUGCAGUCAUGUAAGUGGAACAGUCACUGCCUGUCCCCUUGUAAGACUGUACUCUCUCAUGUCCACUGGAAUUCUACCCUCCUGUAUCCCACGGUAGCCAGUAGUAACCUGCAGCAAUACCCAGAAAAGAGUAGCAAGUACAGUCAUCCGUAAGACAUGCCCAUUAGAGUUAAUUUGACUUUACAAGGAGUUUAACACCCUUUCAUUAUUUUAUGAAGCAUUUAUUUUUGUUUAAAAGGACUGAAUCUGGAUUUUGUGUAUCCCAACCUCUAAGCAGGAUGAGACAUUUACAGUUAUUCGUUCAGGGGACACUUUUCUCCAAAGCACCAUAAAAUUAUUAUUCUGAUGCCUUUGUCCAUGGAGACUUACAAUGUUAAAUACACUUCUUCGAACUUCCUACAGCCACCCACACAACUGAUAAACCAGACUAAUGUAACACAGAGACAUAUUUUACAAGCAAUUUGGAGCCACUAAUUAACCUGAAACAUGUCUGUUAACUGUGGAAGGAAACCUUUGCUAACAUCGGGAGAUGCAAAGGGGGGAUGUAUUGGCAG